AGCCCACCUCUGGGAAUCUGCUGGUUCCUCCACACUCUCACUCCACUCCAGGAGGCAAAGAGACUGAGCUGACACAAAAUGAGAGGACUUGUUGUCUUGGUUACUUUGGCCUGCUUUGCCACCGCUCAGCACCAAACACUGAUUGACUACUUGGAGCGGAGGCUGCUCGCUAUUGAGGACCGGAUCUCUCUGUGGCAUGAACAGACCGCCCGCUACGCCUCCGAGCUGCGGGAGCUGAAGCAACAGAUGCUUUCCCAGUUGGAGAACCUGGAUAAGGAGAAAGAGACACUGAGAAUGAAUCUGGAUGGCGUGGGGACGAGGGUGGACCGGGUGGAGCGUGAGCUGGACUACCUGGAGACUCAGAACGGUGCUCAGCCGUGUGUGGACGUGGACGACAAGCUGAUAGAACAGCAGGUGACGCUGGUGAAGGAGAAGCAGAAGGCCAAGUACUCAAAACUAUCAGACUGCAGCGACAUGAUCUCCAGCAUAAAAGCCAUGAAGAUCUUGAAGCGAGUCGGGGGGCCAAAGGGCAUGUGGACCAAAGACACCAGCAGCGGUUCUGGGAAGGUCUACAUUUUUAAUGGGACGGAUGAAGACACCAUCCAUGAGUUUGCCUCUGUGCAAGACUUCUCCCGCUCGCUGGGCAUGUCUCUGUCCAAGAACCUGAAGCUUCCGUCUGCCUGGAGGGGAACAGGACACGUUGUCCUCAACAAUCACGCGUAUUAUAUAAAUCAGGCUGAAGAGAUAAUGGUGGUUAAAUAUGACAUGAAGAACAGCUCUGUGACAGACAGCGCAGUGUUCCCAGUGCAGGACCAUGUCCCACCGUACGGCCUGACCCCCGAGACAGUGAUGGACCUGGCUGUGGACGAGGAAGGCCUGUGGGUCAUUUAUGCCUCGCGGCAGAACGAGAGGUACAUCUCUCUGGCUAAAAUGGACGGCAACUCGCUGGACAACGAGCAAAUGUGGGACACAAACUGUCCGAGAGAGAAUGCGGAGGGGGCUUUUGUCAUCUGUGGCACUUUGUAUGUGGUGUACAACACCAAGCAGCCCGGUCGCUCACGUGUCCAGUGUGUGUUUGACGUCAAUGAUAUGGUAACCAACGAAGAAGCACCCCUGGUUUACUUUCCAAAGCGUUACGGAACCCACUCCAGUAUAAAGUACAACCCGCAGGAGCAGCUGCUCUAUGCAUGGGAUGAUGGCUACCAGAUCCUGUACAAGCUUAUCAUGAAAAAGAAACUAGAAAUUUGAGCUAAAUAAUACACCGCACCAAACCCAAACCAUCUUAAAGUACCACUCCAUUGUUUUUACAAGUUUAAGCUCCUUAACUACAAAUCAUGUGUACUUUAUAUUACUGCUGGCCAUUUUUAAAGCUAUAGUGCAUAGUUUCUGUCUCCCCCAUGAUGAGGAAUUCUAAGUAAUGACAACAUCACUGUCUUCAGUGAUCGCGCACCACCCCCAACC